AUGGAAGCAUCGGACAACCGAUUAUCUGAUCUGGUAGGCGCAUUGAAAUCAUGGGUCCCUCGGCGGUCCGAGCCAGCUAAUGUGUCGAGGGACUUUUGGAUGCCCGAUCAGAGUUGCAGGGUUUGCUACGAGUGUGAUUCCCAGUUUACCUUCUACAAUCGCAAACAUCACUGUAGAUUUUGUGGCCGUGUAUUCUGUGCCAAGUGCACUGACAAUUGGGUGACUCCACAGUCUACUGAUUCAGAUACCAUCAGGGAAGAUUCAGGGAAGAUUAGGGUUUGUAAUUACUGUUUCAAACAAUGGCAGCAAGGUGGCUUAGACACCUCUGUUGAUCAUGGGAUCCAGGUCACCAGCCUGGAUCUCAGCACUUCUCCUUCCACUGUCAGUCUCGUCAGUACCAAAUCUAGUGGCACUGCCGACAGUAGUUUUGUAACUUGUACAUCUUUCCCACAUUCAGUCGACUCUUACCAACAGAAUCCAAAUCAUUCUGGAAUUAGUCCUCGUCAAUCUUCAGUGAUGGAAUCAAAUUUAAACGAUGAAUUUGCUGUUGAUAACUCCUAUUAUGAUGAACUACAGUUAGAUGAUGUCGGCAAUGAUUACGGAUGUCGUAAAGUGCAUCCUGAUGGAGAAGAAGCCACUGUUGCAAAAAGUGAAAGCAGUUCUUCAUUACAAAACAGUUUUGAUUCCAGGUAUUUCGAGAAAAAAGAAGAUGAACCUGAUGUUAAUGAUGAAUGUGAAGCUUCUUCUUCAUCUUUAUAUGCUGCACAAGAGAUUGAAUCUGAGCCUGUUGAUUUUGAGAACAAUGGUGUCCUAUGGCUACCUCCUGAACCUGAAGACGAAGAAGAUGAAAGAGAACCACUUCUAUUUGAUGAUGACGAUGAUGGGGAUGGUGCAGGAGAGUGGGGAUAUACCCGUAGUUCAGACACUGUUGGGAGUGGAGAGUUUCGCAAUAGGGAUAAAUCAAAUGAAGAACACAAGCAGGCAAUGAAGACUGUAGUUGAUGGACACUUUAGGGCUUUAGUAUCUCAGUUGUUGCAGGUUGAGAACCUUUCUGUAGGUGAAGAAGAUGAUAAAGAUGAUUGGUUAGAGAUAAUCACAUCGUUGUCAUGGGAGGCUGCAUCAUUGCUAAAACCAGACACAAGUAAAGGUGGUGGGAUGGAUCCAGGAGGUUAUGUGAAGAUAAAAUGUUUAGCUACUGGACGUCGUUCUGACAGUAUGGUGGUCAAAGGAGUUGUUUGUAAGAAAAAUGUGGCACAUAGGCGGAUGACAUCAAGAAUAGAGAAACCAAGAUUCAUGAUUCUUGGAGGUGCUCUUGAGUAUCAACGAGUUUCUAACCUCCUGUCAAGUUUUGAUACUUUACUACAACAGGAAAUGGAUCAUCUAAAGAUGGCCGUAGCAAAGAUAGACGCACACCAGCCUGAUGUACUUUUGGUAGAGAAAUCAGUUUCACGAUAUGCACAAGAAUAUCUUCUGGCGAAAGACAUAUCACUUGUUUUGAAUAUCAAAAGGCCACUUUUGGAAAGAAUAGCCCGAUGCACUGGUGCUCAGAUAGUUCCUUCAAUCGACCAUCUUUCCUCUCAGAAAUUGGGAUACUGUGAUUUGUUCCAUGUUGAAAAGUUUGUUGAAGAACAUGGAACUGCAGGCCAGGCUGGCAAGAAAUCUUUGAAGACAUUGAUGUACUUUGAAGGGUGUCCAAAACCCUUUGGUUGCACUAUAUUACUUAGAGGUGCAAGUGGUGAUGAAUUGAAGAAAGUGAAGCAUGUGGUUCAGUAUGGAGUUUUUGCUGCUUAUCAUUUGGCAUUGGAGACAUCUUUUCUUGCUGAUGAAGGUGCUUCACUGCCCGAACUGCCCUUGAAUUCUCCACUAACCGUGGCACUUCCUGAUAAGGCAUCAAGUAUUGACCGGUCAAUUUCAACAAUACCUGGUUUUACUCUCCCACCAAAUGAGGGCCCACAUAAAUACACUGAAACAGAAAGGUCAAACAAUGCUCCUAUGGCAGAUGUAUUUUCUUCUAUAAUGAGCCAGAAGGCACAAGUAAUGCUGAUGCCACUUGGCUCCAAUGCUCAUAACCAUCAAGAUUCUUUAGAUGCUACUGAUGCACCAAUUGAAACAAAGGAUACUGCUGAUGUCACUGCCAAUGGGUUUGGGCAUCCUCACCCCCAACACAGUUUGGUUAGGAGUUCACAUAAUAGUGAUGAUGGAUUGUAUCUGCAAAUGGAUGGAAAAAAUGGGAAAGAGGAAUCUGUUUCAUCAAAGGAAGAGUUUCCUCCUACACCAUCAGAUCAUCAGAGCAUUUUGGUAUCUUUGUCAUCACGAUGUGUCUGGAAAGGGACUGUCUGUGAAAGGUCUCAUCUUUUUCGCAUCAAAUAUUAUGGAAACUUUGAUAAACCAUUGGGACGUUUUCUUCGAGAUAAUCUCUUUGAUCAAGGUUAUAGAUGUCCUUCGUGUGAGAUGCCUUCAGAAGCACAUGUACAGUGUUACACACAUAGGCAAGGAACCCUAACCAUAUCCGUGAAGAAGUUGCCUGAAAUUCUGUUACCAGGAGAAAAAGAAGGUAAGAUUUGGAUGUGGCACAGGUGCUUGAAGUGUCCACGGGUUAGUGGAUUCCCACCUGCAACUCGAAGAAUUGUGAUGUCAGAUGCUGCCUGGGGUUUAUCAUUUGGGAAGUUUCUAGAACUCAGCUUUUCUAACCAUGCUGCUGCUAGCAGGGUUGCAAACUGUGGCCAUUCACUACAUCGGGACUGUCUUCGCUUUUAUGGGUUUGGCAAAAUGGUUGCUUGCUUCCGCUAUGCACGCAUUGAUGUCCAUUCUGUUUACCUUCCACCUGCGAAACUUGUUUUUAAAUAUGAGAAUCAGGAGUGGAUACAAAAUGAAUUGAAUGAGGUUGUUAGCCGGGCUGAGCUGUUAUUUUCUGAAAUCCUUAAUGCCCUGAGCCAGAUAGCAGAGAAGAAUUUUGGGAAAAGUUCAGUUAAUAGUAGCUCACCAUCAAGACGCCAGAUAGCAGAUUUGGAAGAUAUGUUACAAAAGGAGAAAGCAGAAUUCGAGGAGUCACUUGAGAAGAUUUUAAACCAGGAGGGAAAGAAAGGCCAAAACAUGAUUGAUAUUCUUGAGAUUAACCGAUUGCGAAGACAGCUGUUAUUCCAAUCGUACGUGUGGGACCACCGACUCGUGUAUGCAGCCAGUGUUCAUAGCAACAGUCCACGUGGCGAUCUGAACGAAUCAAGAUCCGAAAAUAACGAUUCAUACAAAGAUUCAGAUGUUACUGGGACUCAGCCUCAAGUGAUCAAUAAAGAAACCGAAGAUUCCGACCAUGAAAAUUCUGAUCCAGCAACAUCAAACGAUGUAGGGGUAAAUAGGUCAUUAUCCGAAGGGCAGCUUUCUGUUAUGGCAAGUUUGUCCGACACCCUAGAUGCUGCCUGGACAGAUUCUUCGGUGGGUGAUCGCGUGGAAGAAUCCAAGUCAUCACUUUCAUCUCCUUCAUUGUCUACACGAAAUUCUGAAAAUAUAGACGAUACAACAAGCUGGUUCAGCAUGCCGUUUUUAAACUUUUACCGGGCUUUGAAUAAAAACUUUCUAUCAAGUUCUCAAAAGCUGGACACACUCAACGAUUACAAACCUGUUUACAUCUCAUCAUAUCGCGAAUCUGAGCUCCAGGGUGGCGCUAGGUUGCUCAUGGCAGUGGGUGUAAAUGACACUGUUGUCCCUGUAUAUGAUGACGAACCCACAAGUAUCAUAUCAUACACGCUGCUCUCAGCUGAUUACAUCUCCCAAAUGUCCGGUGAUUUUGAAAGACUAAGAGAUGGUGAAGCAUCAUCAUCAUCUUCUAUCUUCACAUCACAAUCUGCUGAUCCAGUCAUGUUUCAGUCGUUUUCCAAUUUUGAUGAGACAACACUUGAAUCUCUUAGAAGUAUUGGCGAUGAAAGUCUUUUGUCCAUGUCAGCAUCUCGAAGCUCCCUGAUGCUUGACCCUGUGUCAUAUACAACAGCUUUACACGCGAGAGUUGAGUUUACAGAUGAUGGACCACUUGGGAAAGUGAAGUACACGGUGACUUGUUACUAUGCGAAACGAUUCGAAGCGUUAAGGAGAAUUUGUUGCCCUUGUGAACUUGAUUAUAUACGGUCUCUUAGUCGAUGUAAAAAAUGGGGUGCUCAAGGUGGUAAAAGUAAUGUUUUCUUUGCGAAAACUUUGGAUGAAAGGUUCAUAAUCAAACAAGUUACAAAAACAGAGCUUGAGUCGUUUAUCAAAUUUGCUCCUGCAUACUUCAAGUAUCUAUCCGAGUCUAUUGGUACUGGAAGUCCUACAUGUCUUGCUAAGAUUUUGGGCAUUUAUCAGGUGACUAAGCAAAUGAAAGGCGGGAAAGAAUCGAAGAUGGAUGUGCUGGUUAUGGAGAAUCUUUUAUUCGGAAGGAAUCUAACACGGCUUUAUGAUCUAAAAGGGUCUUCAAGAUCACGGUAUAAUCCUGAUUCCAGUGGGAGCAACAAAGUAUUACUUGAUCAGAAUCUGAUUGAAGCGAUGCCAACUUCUCCGAUAUUCGUCGGAAACAGAGCCAAACGCUUGUUGGAAAGAGCUGUCUGGAAUGAUACUGCUUUUCUUGCUUCGAUUGAUGUGAUGGAUUAUUCGUUGCUAGUUGGGGUAGACGAAGAGAAACACGAACUGGUAUUAGGGAUUAUCGACUUCAUGAGACAGUAUACAUGGGACAAACAUUUGGAGACAUGGGUGAAGGCUUCCGGGUUCCUUGGUGGACCCAAAAACGCGUCUCCCACUGUGAUCUCACCCAAACAGUACAAAAAGAGAUUUAGGAAAGCAAUGACAACCUACUUCCUUAUGGUACCAGAUCAAUGGUCUCCUCCAGCUGUUGUACCAAGCAAGUCACACACACAAACUGAAGAUGUGGUGGAAUGA